AUGGAGGCUCGGUUUAGCCACGAGCAGUCAGAUGAGCGAAUGAUCAAGGAACCGGUUAAGUCUGACCUCCCGUGCACCCGAGAACAUGAUACCGUCAAGAUGAUAGGAGAUAAUGCGUUCGACCUAUGCGACCCGAACCGAGCCAACAACACCAGGUGCCCUAACCCCAGCCUUGGCGCCACCGAGUAUGACGAACUACGACAAUAUCUCGAACGAAUCACAUUCUUCUCAUGGGGUCAGGGCCGGGAUUAG